AUGUUACCAGUUAUUUGUAUAUGUAUUGUGGAUAGGGAUAAUCAACCAUUAGUUUGUAGAGUAUUUGAUAUUGAAGAAAAAGAAUCAUUACAAUUUGCAGUUUAUUCAUCACUAGAUUUAAUUGAUAGAAAACUUUCAAGUGAUCUUAAUUCAAAUGAGGCAUAUAUCGGAUAUUUAGGACCAGCUAUAAGUAUAAAAUAUGAAUAUGAAAUAUAUGGAUAUUCAAGUUUUUCACAUAUUAAAGUUAUUGCUAUUCUACAAGAUCAUCCUGAAGAUGAGGAUGAAUUAAAGAAGUUAUUAAAUGAGAUCUAUAAUACAUAUGUUGAUACUUUAUGUAAUCCAUUUUUACUUCAUACAGUAGAAACUCCAAAAUUAUUGCAAAGAAUUGAUGAUUUAAUUUAUCAAGCUAAAACUUCAAAUUAA